AUGGUAAACCAUUUCCAAAGCGAAAUGGUACAACCAAUAAUGGGAAUCGGCCAUUCAGCAGGCGGAGCCGCAAUUGCUUAUCUUUCAACUCUCCAUCCCCGACUAUUCACAUCCUUGAUCUUGGUCGAAGCAAUGAUAUCAGAAGGCAUGCCACCGCAAAUCAUCCUACCACAACUUCGAACCAUCGUUCGCCGGAAAGAGACGUUCCCCUCCCACUCAGCAGCCACUCAAAACAUCGCUAAACUACCAUUCUAUGCAACAUGGGAUCCUCGAGCCGUCGAACGUUUGAAGCAGCAUGGCUUCACACCCAACUCCUCGUCAACUGAAGAAGUCAGAACAACAACACCGAAAGCUAUCGAAGCAGCUUCUUUCUUCCGUAGCAACGCAAAGGGAAUUGGGAAAGACGGUUUGGAAAAUCUCACGGCCGAGGAACGAUUGGAGAUGCCUGAUGUUGAUCCAGAUGCAAAAUACUUGGCACCCGUUUACAAAGCGGAGACGAGAAUCAUGUGGGAUUUACUACCCAGCGUCCGACCUCGCGUACUAUAUGUUGUCGGUGAUAAAACCGCUUACGCUGUUGAUAGACUGCACAAGCGAAGAAUCCAACGCACUGGAUCUGGCGUUGGGGGAAAUGGUGGUGUUAAAGCCGGUGGUGUGGUUUCUAAGACUGUCGAAGGAGGUGGACAUUGUAUCCCAAUGGAUGAACAUGUGGGUACUGUGGCGAAAUAUAUAUCGACAUGGGUCAGUGACGAGAAAGCGAGGUGGGAAGAUGGUGUGAAGAAACGGAAAAGAGAGUUGGAUGAGAAAAGUGUGGAGUUUAGACAGGGUGUCGAUCCAGGGUUGCAAAAGGUUGCGGAUUCGUGGCCGGAGAUGAAGGAGAAGGGGAGGGUUAUGAUUAAUCCUAGGAGGGCGUUGGAAAAGUUGUGA